GGGACUAACCUCUUUUGGGACUAAACUCAUGAAGAACAAGGGAGCCAAGCAGAAACUCAAGAGGAAGGGAGCCGCGAGCGCAUUCGGCUGUGACCUGACGGAAUACCUGGAGAGCUCUGGGCAGGACGUGCCCUAUGUUCUGAAGAGCUGUGCGGAGUUCAUUGAGACGCAUGGCAUUGUGGACGGCAUCUACCGCCUCUCAGGAGUCACAUCCAACAUACAGAAGCUGAGACAAGAGUUUGUUUCUGACCAAUGCCCGGACCUGACAAGAGAAGUUUACCUCCAGGACAUUCACUGCGUGGGGUCGCUCUGCAAGCUGUAUUUCAGGGAACUGCCCAACCCUCUCCUCACUUAUGAGCUCUACAAGAAAUUCACGGAAGCAGUCUCACGCUUCCCUGAGGAUGAGCAGCUGGCACGAAUUCAAAAUGUCAUCCAGGAGCUCCCGCCAUCACAUUACAGAACACUGGAAUACCUGAUCAAGCAUCUGACUCACCUGGCCUCCUUCAGCAACAUGACCAACAUGCACACCAGGAACCUGGCAUUAGUGUGGGCACCCAAUCUCCUCAGGUCAAAGGAAAUUGAGGCUGUUGGCUGCAAUGGGGAUGCAGCUUUCCUGGAGGUGCGAGUCCAGCAGCUGGUGAUUGAGUUCAUCUUGAAUCAUGUGGAUCAGAUCUUUAACAACAACAGAAAAGCCAGCUCCACAGAGAACAAUGAGAACGUGCCAGUUGUGAAAAGUCUGACCCUCCCCUCGGCCUCCCUACCAAUGAAACUGGUGAGCCUGGAAGAAGCGCAGGCCCGGAGCCUGUCAGCUUCUCACCCUGCUCGCAAGGAAAGGAGAGAGAACAGCUUGCCUGAAAUUGUCCCUGUAACUGGGUCCCUCUUCCACACAGUUGUUGACCUUCCUGACAGCAAGAGAAAGUUAUCUACCAAGUCCAAGAAAUGGAAAUCCAUAUUUAACUUGGGCCGUUCUGGCUCAGAAUCAAAGUCUAAACUGAGUCGCAAUGGGAGUGUCUUCGUAAGGGCCCAGAAGCUCUCUGAAAAAGCAACUAUUCGGCCUGCUAAGAGCAUGGACUCACUGUGUUCCCUGCCCGUGGAAGGGGAGGACGAGAAAAGCAGAUUCAAACGGGCAGUGACUACUGGAGGUUUUUUUGUCCCGGUGAUGAAAAUACGGACAGGAGGCACAGGUAGCUCAUACGACCUCAGCAAGGAGAAUGAGUGGGAGCAGGAAGGAUCUGCUGUGGGGGCCAAAGGAAGCUCUGAGCUGAGUGGGGAGAAAGGUGCCCCAUGGGCAUCACAGGCAAAGUCACCCCCCGAGCAGCUGAAGGUCUUCCGGGCAGCAGAAGAUGCUGAAAACGAGCAGACUUCCCCCAAAAGUGGCCGCAUGUUCUACACCUCAGACACAGCUGCCAAGUCAGGCUUUCCAAGCAGCCUCUUUCCUUUGGAAGCCUCCCCUCGUCACCAGCGGAAAGCCCUCAACAUCUCAGAGCCCUUUGCUGUCUCUGUCCCUCUCCGGGUAUCCGCAGUCAUCAGCACCAACAGCACUCCGUGCCGUGUGUCUGCCAAGGACAAGCCUUCGCUCUCCAGCCUCGAGGAACUGUCUUCUCUGGUGCCUGAGAACCCAACUCUCACUGUCCUGGAAGCAGGGAGCCACACAAGGACAAACCCGGUCCCAGAGAGGAAGGACAAGCAGCCUGGGCCUGCCCUGACAGCAGCAGAAUCCAGAGGUUCACAUCCUGAGGAGUCGGCGGCAGACAGGAAACUGGAGUCCUUAGAAACUCCACAGCCAGCAGCGGAAAAUCAGGAGACAUGUGGGCAAAGCAGCAGCGCAAGCAGCAGCAGCAGCCCCCAACAAUCCCCAGACCAAAGUCCUAGCUUGGAUGCAGUACCAACCUUAGAGACUUGCAAUGGGCCGCUGCCUGAAGACAAGGCAGGACAAGGGCAGCCCAAGAUGAAAGAAGGCUCCUCAGAAGCCACCUGUGGCCAGCAGGACAUCCAGAAGGCUAAAACAGAGGAAGGGUUGAGUUUAAGAGAUCUGACUGAAGACCCUGCUAAUGCCCUACUAGAGCCACUGUGGCCAGAGAUACAGCAGGAACUGAAAAUCAUUGAACCUGAAGAGCUCUUGCCCUUGCCAGCAGCUGUCCAAAAGACAGGCCUAAUUUCUGAAUCCUCUUCUUCAGUACACACAGAUAGCUUUUCCUCUGGCUCAGGGAAGGGUCCAAAUCUGCCUGAGCAGAAAUUGGCAGGCAGAACAGCACAGACCACAUCUCUGGAGCCUGUACGUGAUACCACCAGCGCAGAACAAUCGGAUGACCUCCCAAACUGCCAGUCUGAGGUGACCACCCAUCACAGCUGUGCUCCAGCCCUACUCAAACCAGCUACUCUUCUGACUGCUACAGCUACGCCAAAGAACCAAGGUCCAGUCAUGGAGGACAGCAUGAGUGAAUGUCUCACUCCCACCCUGGACUGGGAGCUUCAUAAUCAACCAGAAUUUAAUGAGGUUCCACCAAUAAAUUUUUCAUGUUGCAGAGGAACAUGUUCAGAGCCAGAGAGAGAAAAAGAUAGUAUUUGCCAGCUGCAGAGGGAAGAGGAUGAUAUUACCAGAGACCAGAAGGAGAAGCCUGAGAAAAUGAUUGCUGAUGGAAGGAAUGCAUUCUCCUCCAAGGUGCUGAGUGGAACUGGAAUCCAGGAGCCAAAGGAGGGCAAUGCUGUUAGCAGAACUCAUGAUGCUGGUGAUCACGAUGAAGAGGAUACCUGGACAGAUAAUGUGCAGAGCUUAGAACUUGUAGAGCCAUGGGAGGAUCACCAGUGGGUCACAAGCCCACUCCAUUCCCCCACCUUUAAGGACAUUCAAGAAAAGAUGACACAGGAGAUACAGCCACACAGUCAGAGAACAGAGACAGGCCUUUCUCUUAGACCACGAUUCAGUCGCAGCCUUUCCCUGGAUAGUAAAGACACGGUGAUGAGUCUCUGGACUAUCCCCUUCUCUUUCACAAAUGUCACUGAACAGCAACAACCUUGCAGUGACAUUUUGACAGGGACUUGUGAUCAGCCCAAAACACAACCUGUCUCCCCUUCUAGCAUGGGCAAAGUUAAGCAAGAUGCAAAUGGCAUAAGCACUCCAGAAGAGCCUUUGAAACCUGAGGGACCAAGGUAUCUCCUCAGCAGAGAGGGAGAGCCAGCCAAGCAAGAGGGACUCUCCAGAAUUCCGCUUUCAGAGCCGGAGGAAAAGAAAGUGGACACAAGCCAAGAAAACCCUUGGAGCUCAAAGCCUGAGCUGUCUUUGCCAUACCAAAAUACCCCAGACAGUUCUUUACAGACAAAAAACACAAAGGAGGAGUUAUCCACAUGUCAGAACACCGCGCUGACAGGGCAGACUGUUACCAAAGGACUGUGCUUUGCCACUGAAUCACAGCUGAGUAAUAAAGGUGAAGACACACUGCGUAAAGGGAGGACUAGGCCAUCAUCCCUCAACUUGGAUUCACUUCUUCCAGCCCCAGAUUUCUUCACCUUUGAGAGCCUUGCCAUGCCUCCCACCCCUGGGAACCUCCUGUAUGGGCAAAAGGAAGUAAAAUGCAGUGACUCUGUCCCAUCCCUUCCAACUGCCUGCCCUGCUGUGAGUAAAGGGGUUCCCUGGGGGUCUCGCUUUAAUGCCCAUGUGGAUUUAGACUUGGAUUACCUAGCAGUGGCCCAUGCCACCACUGGCCGUCGCAAUUCUGCCCCUGUCAGUGUGUCAGCAGUUAGGACCUCCUUCAUGAUUAAGAUGUGCCAGGCUAGAGCUGUGCCUGUGAUACCACCCAAGAUUCAGUACACCCAGAUCCCUCAGCCUCUGCAGGCUCAGAAUGCUGCUUUAUCGGCAGAGAAGAAGGAAGCAGACACCAAGCAGGCUGGCAGGCAGGGUCACCGAGCAGCAUGGGGCCAUCCGGAGCCCCCAAAGAGCCCGCUGACAGAGAAGAAAGCCAAAGCAGAGAAAGAAAACAGUGACCCAGCUCAAAAGGACUCAACCUGUUCUUGGCAUGGCAGCCUCAACUCUCCACUAGAGCCGUCUCAGUCCAGUCAUAGUGCUGGCCUGGAUGCCCCUGUAAUGCGUCGAAAGCGCACCUCUGAGGGUGAGUCUGCUGGAGACACCCCACAGUCCUCAAAGAUGGAGAGGCCCUCGGGGUUCUCCAAGCCUUCCUACAGAUCUAGGCCUGGGAGGCCCCAAAGUCUGAUUCUCUUCAGUCCCCCUUUCCCCAUUAUGGACCACCCAUCCUCUUCAGCAGACUCUAGGGUGUUGUUAUCACCUAUAAGGAGCCCUACUCAGACAACCUCUUCAAGCCCCAUUGGCAGCGACCUGUCUGAGACGUCGCGGACAACACCCGAGGGGGUCACUCUGCGGAACAAAAUGACCAUACCCAAAAAUGGCCAAAGACUGGAGACCUCUACCAGCUGCUUUUAUCAGCCCCAGAGGCGCUCUGUGAUUCUGGAUGGACGAAGUGGGAGGCAGAUCGAAUAGCAACAGCUUCCCUUACUCCUUGUCCCUGGUGGAUGGGAUGGUCUACGCCAAGACCAAGUUUGUUGCCAUUCUUGCUUUUGUCAUAAUUAUUCUGUGCAAGAAGGACCCAACACUUUUACUGUGUCCUGCAAAAC